AUGGAGCGGGGCUCCGGGCGGCUGCAGCCCCCCGCUGCCGCUGCCGCUGCCCGGGGGGGCCGGGGGCCGCUCGGCCUCCUGUGCCUGGCGCUGCUGGGCGCGCUGGGCGCCGCCGAGGCGGAGUUCUCCAUCCUGGACGAGGCGCAAGUGCUGGCCAGCCAGAUGAGGAAACUCGCCACCGAGGAGCUGAGGGUCGUCACCAUGCAGAGGAUAUUCAACUCUUUCGUGUACACGGAGAAAAUAUCGAAUGGAGAAAGCGAAGUUCAACAGUUGGCAAAGAAAAUCCGUGAGAAGUUCAACCGGUACUUGGACGUUGUGAAUCGGAACAAGCAGGUGGUGGAAGCUUCCUACACUGCUCACCUCACCUCCCCCCUGACUGCCAUCCAGGACUGCUGCACCAUCCCACCAUCCAUGAUGGAAUUUGAUGGGAAUUUCAACACCAACGUUUCCAGAACCAUCAGCUGUGACAGACUCUCCACCACUGUCAACAGCAGAGCCUUCAAUCCUGGACGUGACUUAAAUUCUGUCCUUGCUGAUAACCUGAAGUCUAACCCAGGAAUUAAGUGGCAAUAUUUCAGCUCAGAAGAAGGGAUUUUCACCGUGUUCCCAGCCCACAAGUUCCGCUGCAAAGGCAGCUACGAGCACCGCAGCAGGCCCGUCUACGUCUCGACCGUUCGCCCCCAGUCCAAGCACAUCGUGGUCAUCGUGGACCACGGGGCCUCUGUCACUGAGACACAGCUCCAGAUUGCCAAGGAUGCUGCCCAGGUCAUCCUCAGCUCCAUAGAUGAGCACGACAAGAUCUCGGUGCUGACGGUGGCGGACGCGGUGCGGACGUGCUCCCUGGACCAGUGCUACAAAACCUUCCUGUCCCCUGCCACCAGUGAGACCAAGAGGAAGAUGUCCAGCUUUGUGAGCAGCAUCAAGGCAUCUGACAGCUCCACACAGCACGCCCUGGGCUUCCAGAAGGCUUUCCAGCUCCUCCGGAACACCAACAACGGCACCCGGCUCCAAGGAACUACUGACAUGGUCAUCAUUUAUCUCUCGGCUGGGAUCACAUCAAAAGAUUCCUCAGAAGAUGAUAAAAAAGCCACUCUGCGUGUCAUCAACGAAGAAAACAGCUUCCUCAAUAACUCAGUGAUGAUCCUCACUUAUGCCCUCAUGAAUGAGGGGGUGACAGGGCUGAAGGAGCUGGCCUUCCUGCGGGACCUGGCCGAGCAGAACUCAGCCAAGUACGGCGUGCCCGACCGCAGCGCCCUGCCCGUCACCAAGGGCAGCAUGAUGGUCCUCAACCAGCUCAGCAACCUGGAGACCACCGUGGGCAGGUUCUACACCAACCUGCCCAACAGGAUGAUCGACGAGGCCGUGUUCAGCCUGCCCUUCUCGGAUGAGAUGGGGGAUGGCCUGAUAAUGACUGUCAGUAAACCCUGUUACUUUGGGAACCUCCUGCUGGGAAUUGUUGGAGUAGAUGUCAAUCUUGCCUACAUCUUGGAGGAUGUCACCUAUUACCAGGACUCCUUGGGAUCCUACACCUUCCUCAUUGAUAAUAAAGGAUACACUCUGAUGCAUCCCUCCCUGACCAGGCCCUACCUGCUGUCUGAGCCUCCUCUCCACACAGACAUCAUCCACUACGAGAACAUUCCCAAAUUCGAGCUGGUGCGCCAGAACAUCCUCAGCAUCCCCUUGGGCAGCCAGAUCAUCACAGUUCCUGUGAACUCCUCACUGUCCUGGCACGUCAACAAGCUGAGGGAGAUUGGGAAAGAAGCUUACAAUGUCAGCUAUGCCUGGAAAAUGGUGCAGGACACAUCCUUCAUCCUGUGUGUGGUGGUGAUCCAGCCAGAAAUCCCUGUGAAGCAGCUGAAGAACCUCAACACUGUCCCCAGCAGCAAACUGCUGUACCACAGGCUGGACCUGCUGGGCCAGCCCAACGCCUGCCUGCACUUCAAGCAGCUGGCCACGCUGGAGAGCCCCACAGUGAUGCUGUCUGCAGGCAGCUUCUCCUCCCCCUACGAGCACCUGAGCCAGCCUGAGACCAAGAGGAUGGUGGAGCACUACACAGCCUACCUGAGUGACAACACCCGGCUCAUCGCCAACCCCGGCCUCAAGUUCUCUGUCAGGAAUGAAGUAAUGGCAACCAGUCACGGCACGGAUGAAUGGAUGACCCAGAUGGAGAUCAGUGGCCUCAACAGUUACAUUGUCCGGCGUUACAUAGCAACCCCCAACGGGGUGCUCCGCAUCUACCCCGGCUCCCUCAUGGACAAAGCAUUUGAUCCCACCAGGAGACAAUGGUACCUGCAUGCAGUGGCCAAUCCAGGACUGAUCACCUUUACUGGGCCCUACCUGGACGUGGGAGGGGCUGGGUAUGUGGUGACCAUCAGCCACACUGUCCACUCCUCCAGUGCUCAGAUGUCCUCAGGACACUCCGUGGCCGUGAUGGGCAUCGACUUCACCCUCAGAUAUUUCUACAAAGUCCUCAUGGACCUGCUGCCAGUUUGUAACCAAGAUGGGGGGAACAAAAUCAGGUGCUUCAUCAUGGAGGACAGGGGGUACCUGGUGGCACAUCCAACCCUCAUCGACCCCAAGGGCCACGCUCCUGUGGAGCAGCAGCACAUCACACACAAGGAGCCCCUGGUAGCAAAUGACAUCCUGAACCACCCCAACUUUGUGAAGAAAAACCUCUGCAACAGCUUCAGCGACAGGACCGUGCAGCGCUUCUACAAAUUCAACACCAGCUUGGUGGGUGACCUGACCAACCUGGUGCACGGCAGUCACUGCUCCAAGUACAGGCUGACGAGGAUCCCGGGCACCAACGCCUUCGUGGGCAUCGUCAACGAGACGUGCGACUCGCUGGCCUUCUGUGCCUGCAGCAUGGUGGACAGGCUGUGCCUCAACUGCCACAGGAUGGAACAGAACGAGUGUGAGUGUCCCUGUGAGUGCCCACUGGAGGUGAAUGAGUGCACUGGGAACCUGACCAACGCUGAGAGCAGGAAUCCAAGCUGUGAGGUGCAUCAGGAGCCAAUGACUUUCACAGCCAUCGAUCCCAGCCUGCAGGAUGCACUCCCACAGUGCAUCAACACCCAGUGCAACCAGAGGACAGAGAGUGGGGAUUGCUUUGGAGUGCUGGACUGUGAGUGGUGCAUGGUGGACAGCGAUGGGAAGACCCACCUGGACAAGUCCUACUGUGCCCCUCAGAAGGAAUGCUUUGGUGGCAUUGUGGGAGCCAAGAGUCCCUAUGUGGAUGACCUGGGAGCAAUAGGAGAUGAGGUGAUCACCCUGAACAUGAUCAAGAGUGCCCCCGUGGGUCCGGUGGCUGGAGGCAUCAUGGGCUGCAUCAUGGUGCUGGUGCUGGCCGUGUACGCGUACCGGCACCAGAUCCACCGCCGCAGCCACCAGCACAUGUCCCCGCUGGCAGCACAGGAAAUGUCAGUGCGCAUGUCCAACCUGGAAAACGACAGGGACGAGAGGGACGAUGACAGCCAUGAAGACAGAGGAAUCAUCAGCAACACGCGGUUCAUCGCGGCGGUGAUCGAGCGCCACGCGCACAGCCCCGAGCGCCGGCGCCGCUACUGGGGCCGCUCGGGCACCGAGAGCGACCACGGCUACAGCACCAUGAGCCCUCAGGAGGACAGCGAGAACCCCCCCUGCAAUAACGACCCCCUCUCGGCCGGGGUGGACGUGGGGACCCACGACGAGGACCUGGAGCUGGACACGCCCCCGCAGACGGCAGCGCUGCUGAGCCACAAAUUCCACCACUACCGGCUGCACCACCCCACCCUGCACCACAGCCACCACCUGCAGGCCGCUGUCACCGUGCACACCGUGGAUGCUGAGUGCUGAGGACAUCACAGCCACCUCCUGCAGGCUGCCACAGACACCUCCUGCAGGCCACUGUCACCGUGCACACCGUGGAUGCUGAGUGCUGAGGACACCACAGCCACCUCCUGCAGGCUGGUGGCACUGGGGACACCACAGCCACCUCCUGCAGGCUGCCACAGCCACCAUCUGCAGACUGUGGCACUGGGGACACCAC